AUUUUGUAACUAAACGGGUCUAAUUUUGAAUUAUGAUCAUCGUGUACUAUACAUUUCCGAUUUGGAACUCAUAAACCCUAACAAAACCCCAAAUUUACAGUUCUUUACAGCUUUUAACUAUAGCCAUGAACAGAAUCAAGCUUCUUCGUUUAUCUACUAGACUCGCCAACUCGCUUUCCUCGACUCGGCAACCAGGUUUUCACUCGCUUAGAUUUACUCAGGUGACUCACUUAUCUUCCUUCAUUCAAUCUUUUCCAUUUUUCCAUUCCAAAUGCUCGCCUUCUUACUGUACUUCCAUCACAAUUCAUCAAAAUUUAUACUUUUCUUCAAAGGUGGAAUCUGUUAUUGAAUUAAUAUUGUCUUCCAAUGAUUGGUCAGAAAAUGUAGAGAAAGAAUUAGAAGUAUUAAACCCUAAACUUACCCAUGAAUCUGUAGUUUAUGUAUUGAGGAAAUUGAAUACAAACCCACAAAAAUCUUUAGGUUUUUUCAAUUGGGUACGUGAUAAAAAAGAAUUUGAGCCUAGUUAUCUUCCUUUUCACUUGUUGCUUAGGACUUUAGCUUGUAGAGAAUUCAUGGAAGAAUUCUGGAAACUUGCUUCUGAAAUGAAAGAGAAAGGAUUCAAAAUUGAUUUACUGGUCUCUGGUGGUAUAAUUAAGGCUCUUAAAAAUGAAAAAUUGGAUGAUAUUGUGGGAAAAUGGAAUGAAUUUCUCCAAUCAAUGAAGGUAGGUAAUGGUGAAGAUGAUGUUGUUAAGGAUAUAGUCAAAUUGAUUUUAGAGUGUGAUUGGAGUACAGAAGUGAAGAGGAAGUUGGAGAAUAUUAAGUUUCCAUUAAAUGAUGAUUUCUUGUUUAAGGUUAUAUGGAAAUUGAAGAAUGAACCAUUGAGAGCUUUGAAAUUCUUUGAAUGGCUUUCGAGUUCCCGGAAGUUUGAGCAUAAUAGUAUAACUUAUAGUGGAAUGGCUAGAGUCUUAGCUCGUCGUGGAUUCAUGAGUGAGUUUUGGGAGCUAUUGACGCGAAUGAGAAGCGAGGGAUUUGAGAUUGAGUCGUAUGUAGCAUUGAUGAGAUGUGUCGGCAAUGAAGAUGCUGUUAAGUUGUUCGAGUUUAUGAUGGAUGGUCCAUACAAGUUGUUAGAACACGAAUGUGUUAUGCUUUUGAAAAAGCUUUCUCAUGAUUUUGAGCCAGAUAUGGUUUUGGUUAUGCGGGUUGUUAACAAGUACUUGGAGGCGGGAAAUAACCAUACGAAAGCAACAUAUGAUAUAAUAAAUAGAUGUUUGUGCAAACUUGGAAUAUUUGAUGAAGCGAAGAAGAUCGUGGAGGACAUGAGGAAUGCGGGAUAUAAGCCUGAUAACAUUACUUACAGCCAAGAAGUGUUCGGCCUUUGUAAACUAAAAAGAUUUGACGAUGCCUGUGCAUUGUUCAAACAAAUGGUAGAUGAAGGAUGUGUUCCUGAUUUAAAAACUUGGACUAUAUUACUCCAAGGGUUUUGUGCUGCGGGUCAAGUGGAUCAGGCAUUGUCGUGGUUUGAACAGAUGCUCGAAGAAAACCAUGAACCCGAUGGUGAUACAUUGGAUGUCUUAAUAAAGGGUUUCAUCUUGUGUGGUAAGACACUCGAUGCAUAUAAAUUUCUUGUUGAGACAGUCCACAAGGCUCAUCUAAAACCUUGGCAAGCUACGUACAAAACAAUGAUUGAGAUGCUACUGCGUGAUGGAAAACUCGAAGAAGCUUUCGACCUUCUGAGUAUGAUGAAGCAACAGAACUAUCCACCUUAUCCCGAGCCAUUCGUUGAAUAUAUUUCCAAAUCUGGAACUAUACAAGAUGCUAAGCAUCUAUUAGGAGCCUUGCCAAAGCAAGGUUCCCCAUCCACCGCGGCUUAUGUAAAGAUAAUCUCGUCUUUCUUUGAAGCAGGUCGACAUUCUGAGGCCAAGGAUCUGCUUUAUGAUAGCCCUAGUCAAGUGCGCAAUCAAAAGACGAUUCAAGAAAUGUUUGGUGUCGCUCCGAAAAUUCAUCCUAGCUGAGGCAGCUAGAAUGAUGCUAGUUGUUUUGUGUGUGGAACAAAUGUUCUCGUCCCCUUAUUCAAUUUAAUGGUCAUAUUUUUAGAUUUGAUUGGUAA